AUGUUUUCCAUUCAUGAGGUUGAGGUCCACGUAUUCGCUUUUGAGCCACAAUGUAUGCUAGGACGUCGAGAUGACGAUCAUUCGCGUAACAGAAAACGUCGGUCGCGAUCUCGUUCCCGCUCUCGUUCUCCUGUUCUUCCUAGGAGGGCAUUUUCAUCUACUUUAGAAGGGUCUCUACCUUUAGCUGCUUCGUUGCCAACAUCUUCAUUAAUGGGUUCGUUACUAGCUGCUCAGGCAAAAGCAGCUGAAGAAGCGGCUGCCAAAGCCAAGGCAGAAACGUCUAAACCUGCAGUUGGUACUAUGACUGCUAUUGCUAAUGCAGCAGCUGAUAUGAUCAAAGCUGCUCGUAAUUCUGGUCAAGGUAUCGCAGGUAUGGAGGGUGCUCUUGUCAUUACUCCGAAUAUGGACAAAGAUAUUGAACAGCGUCGUCUUGAUCUUGAAAUGCAAAAGAGACGAGAACGAGUAGAAAGGUGGCGACGAGAGAGAAGGCUCAAACAAGAUAUUCUUGCAGCACAACAGAGACUUGCAGAGAGCACCAGAGGAACUACUAUUAAUAAGUGGAAUCUAGAGGAUGAUGAAGACGAAGAAGAUGCAAAUAAAAAGAAUGUUCAGAUGGAAAAAUCUACAGAAGAUGAUGACGUAGAUCCACUGGAUGCUUAUAUGCAGGAGUUGAAUAAUCAAGUUUCCGCUGGUCCUGAAACUACUAAAAAAGAUACUAAAAUUACUAAACAAUCUGAAAUUUCACUAAAAACUUCUAAAGAUACCGAUCACGCUUCUUCAGAUCCUUCAGUCAAACCUAAACAACAGUUAGUAAUUAAACGGAAAAGAAUUAUUGGGCGAGGUGAACUGAUGGAAAGUAACAUAGAUGAAUUAGAAUAUUCAUCUGAAGAAGAAGACACAACAAUUGAGGAUGCAUUGGCUCAGCUACAGAAAAAAGACAAACUUCAGCCUAUUGAUCAUUCCAAAAUUGAGUAUUUCCCCUUUCGCAAAAGUUUUUAUGUAGAAGUUCCAGAACUAGCAAAAAUGUCAAAGGAGGAUGUUAAAGCGUAUAGAGCUAGUUUAGAAAAUAUCCGCGUCCGUGGUAGAGAGUGCCCUAAACCCCUACGCAAUUGGGUCCAAGCAGGCAUUAGCUCUCGCCUUUUGGCUUGCCUAAAAAGGAAUAAUUUCGAUAAACCCACUCCAAUUCAGUGCCAGGCGUUACCCGUUAUAAUGUCUGGUCGCGAUAUGAUUGGUAUUGCCAAAACAGGAAGUGGGAAAACCCUAGCUUUUCUAGUACCGCUUAUGCGUCACCUGGAACAUCAAGCUCCUCUAAACCCUGGAGAUGGCCCAAUCGCCCUUCUACUGGCACCUACUCGGGAACUUGCACUACAAAUAUUUAAAGAAACAAAAAAGCUAUGUCAAGCCGCCGAUGCUCGCGCAGUUUGUGUCUAUGGUGGGACUGGUAUUAGUGAACAAAUUGCUGAACUUAAACGCGGAGCUGAAAUUAUUGUCUGUACACCUGGUCGGAUGAUCGAUAUGCUUGCUGCAAAUGGAGGGAGAGUAACCAAUUUACUUCGGUGCUCUUAUGUGGUUCUUGAUGAAGCAGAUCGUAUGUUCGAUCUAGGAUUUGAGCCUCAAGUUAUGCGAAUCAUCGAGAAUUGUCGUCCUGAUCGACAAACUUUAAUGUUUUCAGCUACAUUUCCUAGACAAAUGGAAAUCCUUGCCCGUAAAGUGCUAACGCUUCCCAUAGAAAUCCAAAUCGGUGGACGAUCGGUGGUUUGUUCAGACGUGGAGCAGCAUGCGUUCAUCUUGUCAGAAGAAGAGAAAGUUUACAAAGUUCUUGAACUUCUAGGAAUUUACCAAGAAGAGGGUAGUGUCCUUGUAUUCGUAGAAAAACAAGAGAGUGCAGAUGAGUUAAUGCGUGUUCUUUUGAAGUAUGGUUAUCCAUGUCUUUCUCUUCAUGGUGGCAUUGAUCAAUACGAUCGCGAUUCUGUUAUAAUGGAUUUUAAGCGUGGCAAUAUUCGUCUUUUAAUAGCCACAUCAGUCGCUGCUCGUGGUCUUGAUGUCACAGAUUUGCUUUUAGUUAUCAAUUAUGACUGUCCAAAUCACUAUGAGGAUUAUGUUCAUCGUUGUGGGCGUACUGGACGUGCUGGUCGCAAAGGGUUUGCCUAUACUUUUCUCACUCCCGAUCAGGAGCGCAGUGCUGGUGAUGUUGUUCGAGCAUUCAAGCAGAGUGGCCAAAAACCACCAGAGGAACUAAUGAAUAUGUGGAAUGCUUACAAGAUACGAAUGGAACAUGUGUGUUUAUGCUUAUUUGUUUGUCAUUGUAUGCAUCAACUGUUUGUUGGUAGUCUUUUUAUUUUAGUGUGGUUUACUGUUAACGAAGGAAAAAAGGUAUACGGUUCUUCAGGUUUCCGUGGUAAAGGAUUCAUGUUUGAUGAAGUGGAAGCUCAGCUGAAUAGUGAAAAACGACGCCUACAGAAAGCUGCUCUUGGUUUACAAGAUUCAGAUGACGAAGAUGGUGAUGGAAAUGUCGAUUGGGACUCGAAGAUUGAAGAUAUGUUGGCCACGAAAACAAAAAUUAAAGAUGUAUCAAAGAGUAAUGCAUCAGAAAAUGUAUCUGAAACUGUUGAAGAAGUCUUCGCAUUAAUGGGUCGUAAUAAUCGAUCGUAUUACUUUCACACUAAUGCCCAAGCUGGACAAGCAGUUGUGAACGCAGCCUUAGCACUUGCUCGACAGAAGGCUGCACAGUUAGGACUCGUCAAACACUUGACUUCUGGUACUCCGACUGUUCCACAACCAAACGCUGUUUUGAAUACCACCACAGUCAGCGACCCUAAUGCUACUAUUGCGGCUGCGGUUGCUGCUGUCACGAUACCUGUGCCUCCAGCUCCCACAAGCCGUACGUUGGCUGAACAAGCUGCCGAACGCUUAAAUGCUAAGCUUGGUUACACUAAACAAACACCAGGCGCUGGUGAUGAGGAGGGUGCUGGUGCUAACACGAAUUCGGGAAGUGACAUGGUUAGAAGAUACGAAGAAGAACUAGUUAUCAAUGACUUCCCACAAAACGUCAGGUGGCGUAUCACUGGUCGCGAAAUGCUCAAUCACCUUAGUGACUAUUGUGAUGUUGGCGUGUCUGUACGAGGAGUUUAUAUGCCACCUGCCAAAGCUAAGCAACAUAUACCCGAAGGUACAGAUGACAGACCACUGUAUUUAUGUAUUGAGGCUGUCAAUGAAAGACAAGUCGCUUUGGCUAAAAAAGAAAUUAUGCGUAUUAUCAAAGAAGAAUUAGUCAAAUUGCAAUCUGGCAAUUCAAUAAAUCGCGGACGCUACAAGGUUGUUUAAUUUAUCAUUUUAGUAUUUCCAUUUGAAUUGUUGUACAUAUUCUGACAGUAAUGAUAUCUACAUUAGCAAUCGCGAUUUAUUCUUAUAAAUAAAUGCUGUCUUGUCAUAUACAUCUUUGUAGUUUUAUUGAUAUUUAAGUCGGAAUUCAGACAAUAAUGUAUUGUUUUAUUUAUUACAUCUCUUACAACUUAUUUUAUGUCUAAGGAUUGUUAAUUACCUCAACUCACAUUUCAGUUUCACUAACAAUGCGUGAUUGGUUGUUAGUCAAACUUCUGUUAAAUAUUCUAUUCUAUGUUUAAGUAAUAUGGUUCGUCAGAAAUUAAGGUUUACGUCCGAUGAUCAUUUAACUGAUUCUAUCACUGAAAGAUUUAUAUAAAUAUCUCAUCUUAUAUGGAUCCCCGUAACAAUUGUAGAUAUACAGAUACAAUUGUUUCGACGCUACUCUUAAAUUAGUCACUUUCAGGUUUUCAAUGGUGGUCAAGCUUAAAUUGACUCGUGAAUUCAACUGUUAAGAUUACUACAAUCUCCACAAAUCCCCAUACUGAUAUUGAUCAUCUGCCCACUAUUGACUAGCUUCAAGAUGGGAUAUCCAGGAGAUCUAGUGAGAAGCCGUGACCAGUAGAAUUAAAACUUCCUCGAGUGUGAGAAAGUUAUCCACCCCAGAUAAUAGAUGGAGGGUUGCUCAAGAUCAUGGAUCAAUUGAAGUCAGACACUAACACUGUCGUAUACCGGCUCAAUGGUCUUAAGGUUAAGCGUCCACGCACGAGGCCGAAGUUCUCGGGUCCGAGUUCGACGUGCGGGAUCAUGGGUGCACACUGCUGAAGAGGAGUACCAUACUAGGAUGAAACGGACGUCCGGUGCUUUUAGGUUUUCAAUGGUGGUCUAGUUUAUAUCGACUCUUUAAUACGGCUCUGAAAGUACUUUCACAAUUGUGAAAAAAUAUCCUGUAGGUCACUACAUCAGCUCACUUCUCGUGAAACGAAUAUCAGAAGUCUUGUUUACGUUUAAUUAAUGAGUGACACACCCAUAGGAUUUAUACUUGUCUAGGAAGUGUAGACAAACCUUGAUAUGAUAAUGAAGAACAGCACUGCCCAACUUAUGGAACCAAUGAUGGUUUCUCUUGAUUUAAAAGCAGCACUCUGUAGAC